AGAAAGUAGGCAUCUCUUCUGCACCAGCUACGAUUUCACACGGAAUACACACGCAUUUGUUGAGCAUUUUGAACGAUGAUGCGAAGGCGCGAAACAACUGCCAAAGCUGUAGAGAACACAGAUAUGGACUCCGACUUGUCCCAGGCAACCAGUAGUGAAGAGGAUAAUGAUGAAUGGAGGCCGACACAGCCAAAGCCUAAAGCCCCAAGCAGAGCGGCCAAAGCUCCUGCAGCAGCCGGGGAGAAGAAAGCCGCUGUCAAGAGAACUGCGAAACCAAAGGAGCCAAAACCACCGAAAGCUCCUAAAGUGCCAAAAGUUCCUAAACCAAGGGCCCCACGCAAACCUGCAGCAGAGCGAAAAACACAGGCCCCUAAAGUUCUGAGGGAUCCUGGUGCACCGGCGAUGCUUGGAGUAAAGAGGAAAAAUAUUGACGAAGGAGAAAAAGAUUAUACGGCUGCAGAAAAGAAAGAAGAAAAACAAACGGACUGUCUCAAAGAAGAGAGGGCUGAAAAGAGUGGGCCAAGUAGCAGAAUGAAGUCGGAGAGGGUGUCAUUUAUUGUAUCAGAUGCCAAUCAGGCAGGCGAGGGGCCGUCACUCGCUGGACUAAGAGCAAAGAAAGAGGAAGUGGAGGAUUUCACAUUUGACGAGCCCAAUCAAAAGAAACAGAAGACCAGUGGGGCCUGCUUGGGACGAUCAACUUUACCAUCCUCGGAAAAGAAAACCCAAUGGAAUGAACUCAAUAUGAGCUGGGAUCUAAUAGAGCUGGUAUCUACCCUGACGUGUGUGGAGAAAUGGGUGUGUGUAAAUGUCAUUGGGCUGCUUCGUGAGGAGAACACGGUGCCAUUCAUGGUGCGCUAUCGUAAAGAGCUGAUAAAUCAUAUGGAUGCGGAUGCCGUUCGAGACGUCCAGCUGAUAUAUGAGGAGCUAUGCUCUCUAGCCAAGAAGACCCAGUCUGUGGUCCAGACCCUGAAAAAGGACGGUACUUUGACAACUGAGCUGGAACAAAAUCUGAAGAGCUGCCGAUCAGCUGAUGAACUGGAUCAUGUGUAUGCUCCCUAUAAGAAAGGCAGUAAGCUAACGAAGGCUCGCAGAGCCAAAGCUCUCGGCCUUGAGGCGGCCGCCUCUGCACUCAUGGACGCACCACAUACUCUGGAUUUAAGGGGAUGGGUAAAACCUGGUACUGAAGGUCUGUCAACGAUAGAAGAAGUAACUACAGGGGUGGAGCAUAUCUUGGCUGAUAUGAUAGCCAAAGACCCCGAGACACUCACCUUCAUGAAAACAUUGUGUGAGAGAAGGAAUGUGACCAUACAGUCUUCUGUGUCCAAGGCGGCACUGAAAGAAAAAGAGCAGAAACCUGUCGACGCUUUCAAGAAACCAGGAGCGCAGCAAAACAAAUCCAAGGACAUUGACAAGUUCCACCUCUACGUCGACUUCUCUGCCAACAUCCACCGCAUCCAGCCCCAUCAGACCCUGGCCAUUAACCGAGGGGAGAGUCUGAAGAUUUUGACAGUGAAAGUGAACGUUCCCGACGAGGUGAAGAACGACUUCACGUGGUGGUGCAUAAACAACAGGUGGAAGCCGAGGACGUUUGCAAAAGACGAGCUUCGUGCAGUCAUCAUGAGAGCUGUAGAGGACUCUUAUAAAAGGCUUAUUCUGCCUUUCUUCACGAGGAGUUACAGGACCAAGCUGACAAGUGCAGCAGAGAAGGAGUCGAUCGCCAUGUUUGUACGAAACAUCCGUCAGCGCCUGUUGGUGUGUCCAGUAAGGGGCUGUGUCAUCAUCGGGGUGGACCCUGGCUUUAGACAUGGCUGUAAGCUGGCAGUUCUCUCCCCCACUAGUCAGAUUCUUCAUACUGAUGUUGUCUACCUUCAUACUCAAAGCCAGAAAAAUGAAGCAGAGAAACUGCGCCACCUCAUUCUGAAAUACAGCUGUUCCAAGGUUGUCAUUGGUAACGGUACGGCGUGCCGUGAGACCGAGUCCGUCUUCGCAGACCUCAUCUCGAGGCGCUGUUUUCACCCUCUGGACGUGUCCUACUGUAUAACCAGUGAGGCAGGGGCAUCCAUCUACAGUGUGAGUCCUGAGGCGAUCAAAGAGAUGCCAGACAUGGACCCCAACCAUAGGAGUGCAGUGUCCAUUGGAAGACGUGUCCAAGAUCCACUGGCUGAGCUUGUGAAGAUUGAUCCUAAACACAUUGGCAUUGGAACAUACCAGCAUGAUGUGUCAGCAGGAGGUCUGAAGACGGCAUUGGACGGCGUGGUGCAGGAAUGUGUGAGCUUUGUCGGGGUGGACAUCAACAUCUGCUCCGAGACGCUCAUGAGGCAUGUAGCAGGCCUGAAUGCUGGCAGAGCGCGAAGUAUUGCAGAUUGGAGAGAGCAGAAUGGUCCCUUCGUCAACAGGGAGCAACUCAAACUGGUCAAAGGCAUGGGACCCAAGACCUACCAGCAGUGUGCCGGCUUCAUUAGAAUCAACCCGCAAACCCUACUCAGCGCCAAAUCUUCACCGCACCCUGUCCCAGAGAAACCAGCAGCUAAGAAGGGCAAAAAGAAGACUUGCGUCACCAUGCCAACCUCGGUUAACCCCCUGGACCAGACCUGUAUACACCCAGAGUCCUACGUUGUGGCACAGAGCUUUCUGUCCCUCGUGGGUGGGAGUGCAGACCAGAUCGGGAGUGCAGGCCUGCAACAGUGUGUGGAGAGCAAGGUUGGGACCAGCAGUGUCGAGAAACUGGCCGAGACACUGGGCACCACACCCGAGACCCUCCAGCUCAUCAUAGACGGCCUCACGCAGCCUCCUGGGUUCGACAUCAGACAAAAUUUCGGGCAAGCAGACUUUAAGCGAGGCAUUGUGUCGAUGAGCGAUCUGCGGGUCGGCGCCGUGCUGACGGGCCGGGUGGACAACACGGCUCUGUUCGGGGCUUUUGUGGAUAUCGGCGUUGGCCGCGCGGGCCUCAUCCACAAGAGCAAGAUCACCCUGAACAAACUGCCGGUGAACCAGCGGCGCCGCAGCCUGGCGCUGGGACCUGGGGAGCGGGUGGAGGUCCGGGUUCUGAGCGUGGACCAAGAGAGGGGGCGGAUCUCGCUGGACCUGAUCAGGAUCCUGCAAUAAUAAAUACUGUAUUUGUAUGUAUAAAAUCAAACAAAUGGA